GUUCGGUAAGGACUGUCUAUCUGGUGGUUUUACAUAUAACCGACCAAAAUCUUUUUUUCAAAAAGUAUAUACUACGUAGGUUUUUUUCCAAACAAAACCUGCGAAAAAAGCAAAGGAGAAUGUCUCCGAGCGAGGUUUCCGAUCUAGGAUCACUAAAUUCGUUGCCUGCAUACAAACGUUCGUGACUCGUGAGGUAAAGAACAUAGCUUCAAGAGGAUUUGGGAGAGCUCUAUUCAAUAUUCAAUAUUUCUGUUGGGAAUUUUCGUUCAGAACAUAUGGAGGGAGAAGAGAAAGGUGGCAUUAUAGAACCUCUUUUGCAUGCUGCCAACAUCAGCAGCAAGCCUAGACAUUCAAAAGGGAAGGAUGAUACGCAGGCUCCAUAUGCCAAAGCUUGUUUCUUUAGUCGUCUUUGUUUCUCAUGGAUAGGACCAUUAAUAUCUCUUGGGAAAAAGAAAAUUCUGGACAUUGAUGAUGUCCCUCAACUCGCCGGUCUUGAUAGUGUUAGAGGAGCCUUUCCUAUCUUGAGGGACAAACUAGCCAAAGAAAAUUCUUCUUCUUCUCAUGAUAAUGAUGACAAAUUUAAGAUCACAACAUUUAUGCUGGUGAAGGCCAUAUUUGCCACAGCAUGGAAAGAAGUACUUCUGUCAGCUCUUUUUGCCCUUCUAUACACAUUGGCGAACUAUGUUGGCCCUUACCUUCUUGGUACAUUGGUUCAAUUUCUCAGCCGGAGGCAAGACUUUGAUAGUAAAAAAGGGUAUUUCUUGGUGUUGGCUUUCUUUUCUGCCAAGUUUGUGGGGUGUUUAUCCAGAAGUCACUGGUAUUACAAGGUUCCACAGGCUGGGUAUAGAGCGAGAGCAGCUUUAGUCGCCAAAGUGUACAGGAAGGGCUUGACACUUUCUUCUCAAUCUAAGAAGGGGCGUACCAGUGGGGAGAUCAUCAACUUCAUGGCUGUUGAUGCUAAUAGUAUCAGAAACUUGUGGUUUUUCGUGCACGACUGCUGGCUGAUUUUUGUACAGCUUGGUCUGGCAAUGGCAAUCCUGUAUAAGAAUCUCGGGCUUUCUUGCAUUGCUACACUUAUAGCAACAGUUGGGCUGGGGUUACUUAACUUUGCCAUUGGGAUAUCGCAACAGAAGUUUCAAGAAAAGGUAAUGGGUUCAAAAGAUGAGAGGAUGAAUGUAACUUCUGAAGCUUUGAGGAACAUGAGGCUAUUCAAGCUGCAGUCUUGGGAAGCUCAGUUUCUGUCCAGAAUCAUGGAGCACAGGAAGGAGGAGGCUGGUUGGCUGAAGAAAUAUAUGUACUAUUCUUCCCUGAGCGAAUUCAUAUCCUGGAAUGGACCCACAUUAGUGUCUGUCACCACCUUCAUGGCAUGCAGGCUAAUGGGCACCUCACUGGACUCGGCCAAGAUAUUGUCAGCACUUGCAGUUUUCCGGAUACUUCAAGAGCCUAUCAAUGAGCUCCCAUACACCAUUUCCAUGCUGGUUCAGAUUCGUGUGUCCCUCGACCGGAUCGCUGCGUUUCUGUCACUCGAUGACAUGGCGCGUGACGCCGUUGAGAAACUCCCGAGAGGGAGCUCAGGGAACACAGCAAUUGAGAUUAUUGAUGGGACCUUCACGUGGGAUAAUAAUGUGGAGUCUCCAUUUCUUAGAGAAAUAAACGUUGCAGCUUCUCAUGGCAUGAGGGUUGCAGUUUGUGGCAGUGUGGGUUCAGGUAAGUCUAGUUUGCUUUCAUGCAUUUUGGGAGAAAUGGUCAAAGUGUCUGGGAUGGUCAAAGUGUGUGGUACAAUGGCGUAUGUUGCGCAGUCUCCAUGGAUACAGAGCGGAACAAUUGAAGAGAAUAUAUUGUUCGGUAAGGAGAUGGACAGAGAGAUGUAUGGCCGUAUUCUGGAAGGAUGUGCUUUGAGCAAGGACCUUGAGAUCCUGUCUUAUGGUGACCAAACGAUCGUUGGUGAGAGGGGAAUCAAUUUGAGUGGCGGGCAGAAGCAGCGGAUACAGAUUGCCCGUGCCUUGUACCAGGAUGCCGAUAUUUAUCUGCUUGAUGACCCGUUUAGUGCUGUAGAUGCUCAUACCGGAAAUCAUCUUUUCAAAGAAUGUUUACUGCAUUUUCUGCAAUCAAAAACAGUUAUUUAUGUAACUCACCAAGUGGAGUUUUUACCUGAUGCAGAUCUCAUUUUGGUUAUGAAUGGAGGAAAGAUCACACAAGUAGGCAAGUACAAUGAGAUUGCAAAAUCAGGUAGCGAUUUUAUGAAUCUUGUGGGUGCACACAGAACUGCAUUAUCAAAAUUUGAAGGCAUAACUGAGGAUUGCAAUGAUUUAAGACGGAAUGUGGAGAUAGAUGUGAACAAACUCAAAAGCACCAGAGAGGAUGAAAACAAAAUAUAUGGGCAGGAAGGGCAGCUUGUUCAAGAAGAGGAGAGGGAGAAAGGCGGAGUUGGUUUCCCUGUUUACUGGAAGUACUUAACAUUGGCAUAUAGAGGAUGGCUAGUUCCCUUGAUAUUAUUGGCAGAGAUUCUAUUCCAGCUGUUGCAAAUUGGGAGCAACUACUGGAUGACAUGGGCUACACCCGUGUCUGAUGACGUGUCACCUCCUGUUAAGGGCUUCGUUCUCAUCUUCGUAUAUGUCGCAUUGGCUCUUGGAAGUUCUUUCUGCAAUCUUGCUCGGGCCUUACUUCUUGUCACUGCUGCAUACAAAACAGCACAGCUACUUUUCUAUAAGAUGCAUUCUGCCAUUUUUCGUGCUCCCAUGUCAUUUUUUGAUUCCACUCCUAGCGGUCGGAUUCUCAAUCGAGCCUCUACAGAUCAAAACAAAGUGGACUUGAGCCUUGCAUCUGAUGUUGGGGCAGUUGCAUUCUCAGUUGUACAAAUUUUGGGAGUUGUCGCAGUGAUGUCACAAGUUUCCUGUGCAGUCCUUAUUGUUUUUAUAAUCAUACUCGUAAUUGGCAUCGGGUUGCAGAGAUAUUAUAUAGGUUCUGCAAGAGAGUUAUCACGAUUAUCUGGUGUUCGAAAAGCUCCUUUGGUACAACACUUUGCUGAGACAAUUUCGGGGGCAACAACGAUUAGAAGUUUUGGUCAGGAGGCAAGAUUCAUGGACACGAGUAUGGAUCUAAUUGAUUCUUACUCUAGGCCGUUGUUCUACUACACAGCUGCUUCAAGGUGGUUAGACGUUCGCUUGGAUGCACUCUCCCUUGUUUUGUUCACUUCUUCAUUGGUUUUCUUGAUUUAUAUUCCUGAGGGCACAAUUGACCCAAGUAUUGCGGGUUUAGCGGUGACAUAUGGACUUAAUCUAAGCAUGCUACAAAAUCUGCUAAUAUGGUAUGCUUGCCAAAUGGAGAACGAAAUGAUCUCAGUUGAAAGAAUGCUUCAAUAUAUUUGUAUUCCAAGUGAGCCCCCUCAAGUCAUAGAAUCUAACAGGCCUGACCCUCACUGGCCAACACAAGGAGAGAUCAAUAUUUGCAACCUCCAGGUUCGAUAUGCUCCACACAUGCCUUUUGUAUUACGAGGUGUCACCUGCACUUUGUUUGGAGGAAAGAAAACAGGAAUAGUUGGGAGGACGGGCAGUGGAAAGUCUACACUUAUACAAACUCUCUUUCGCAUUAUCGAGCCGACUACUGGUCAAAUAUUCAUAGACGGGAUUGAUAUAUGUUCAAUUGGACUGCAUGAUUUGCGGUCAAGACUAAGCAUAAUCCCACAGGAUCCAACUAUGUUCAUGGGCACAGUACGGGGUAAUUUGGAUCCACUUGGAGAGUAUACUGAUGAACAAAUUUGGGAGGCUAUUGACAAGUGCCAACUCGGUGAUGAAGUUAGAAAGAGAGAAUGCAAACUAGACUCUGCAGUUGUUGAAAAUGGAGAGAAUUGGAGUGUGGGUCAAAGACAGCUAAUGUGUCUGGGCCGUGUGCUUCUGAACAAAAGGAAAGUACUAGUGCUUGAUGAGGCUACAGCUUCAGUCGAUACUAUCAGCGAUAAUUUGAUUCAACAAAUUGUAAAUCAACAUUUCUCAGGCUCUACGGUGAUCACAAUCGCACACAGGAUAACAUCUGUCGUAGAGAGCGAUAUGGUUCUCCUGCUAGAUCAUGGUCUCGUAUUGGAAUAUGAUUCUCCGAAAAGAUUGUUACAAGACAAGUCAUCGUUAUUUUCGAAACUUGUUUCCGAGUACACAAUGAGAUGAAGCUCUAGGUAGGAGGGUGAAGCAAGCAUGUGGAGCUCAUAAAUCAUACCCUUUGCUUCCUUAUAGCUUUCAGCUUGGGCGCGCGCGUUGCGCGACGGUUGAUGCCCAAUCUUGGGAAAAAACAAGAAAGUUGCAUCACAUAAGAAAGAUGCGCGAAUACAUCACAAAAGCAAAUCGAAAAAGUAGUUCAAUGUUGUCUAUCAACAAAGCGAGGGUACAAUAGCGUGAUGCGAGAUCAAGAAAGGCCAUAACCAUCAACGCAUGCAGCGCUACGUAUCUCAUAUGUAUUGGUGCGACUUGGCAGCUCCUCUACACCACAUGAUGAAAUGGCAAGCAACAUCACUCUACCGCGUCCAUACUUCAGGAAGACGAGUGUGGAAUGCCGCUUAGUUCAAAACUCAUCUGGACUUGGCGCAAAUGGGUUCUUCACCAGUCACAAAAUAAGCAUCUUCUGCGCCAUGGUAGAUAUGUAGGCGGUCCCUCAUGUCGCUGCACGACCUCAAGAAAGCUUCACAGCAUUGCUGCAUUGGGAUAUCACUACUACAUUUAAAGGCUUUUUGUAACAGCCAAAUUUGUUACCUUUGAUCGAAAAGUCUGUUACAUUUUACUUAUUGUAACAGUUUUUAAUCGUUACAUUCGCUGGCGUUGCCUUUUCUCAAUGGUAACGGUAUGUAACGAUAGUUAGAACCAAUUGUAACACUUUUCUCAAGACACUGGAAGUGUUAGCACAUCCGUUACAAUAGGUUGAAUACAAAUGUAACAACUUUUAACUUUCAUAAAUGUAACGCUUUAGAAAAAUAUGCAACAAAUUUU